AUGGAUAUGCCGGCUAAGGAGGCUGAACUGCUCCAAUGGAUUGAGGACUUUGGGGAGCAGUACGAACAAGGAUCUUUGGAGUGCUGGACCUUGAAUAGGAUAUGCCAACUUCUGGAGCGGUCUAAAGAUGACACCCUUGGAGUGAUCGAGGCGAUUGAGGCUGUUCUGGCUGGUUUCCGCAAACAGAAUCCUGGUCCCAAGUCCCUCCUCAUAGGUCAAGCCAACAUAACUUCGUACCGAAGCGAAGUGCGUACUUGGUUGCUGGACCGUGACGAAUCCAUCUGGCUGUUGCAAGAAACCCAUGUCCCUGAAUCAGGUACUAAAGCCCUGGUCAAUAAAUUCCAAUCUGUUGGCAGACAAACAUGGGUAGGGCCGGCCGCUCUGACCCAGGGAGGAAGCUCAGGAGGACUUCUCACUCUUGCACCCUCGCAUCGCAAUGCUGCCACAGGCCCGGCCUUUAUGUCUGAAGGCAAGGGGUUUGUUUCUGUUUCGAUUCGAUUUCAGGGCUGGGAUCUCUUGUUAGUUAACUUGUAUCUCCAGUCAGGAGUGGGCCCGACUGGUGGACUCAACCCGGAGAUCCUUUCUCGUCUGGCAGCGGUCCUUGACCAAACCAGCACCCAGUGGCUGGUGCUUGGUGACUGGAAUUGUUCCCCGUCCGAAUUGCUCCGCCUAGGGUUUGUUUAUAAAGUGAAGGGCCAGGUUGUCGCCCCUAAUGGUCCUACCAUUAACACUGGAGGCACCUUGGAUUAUGCUGUUGCCUCCAAGAGGAUGGCCCCAUUGCUCUCCGUCUCGUCCUCUUGGGAUGUCCCAUUCAAACCGCAUUGCGCUGUGACGGUGGAGCUCAGGGUUGGGGUUGCAGAUCUGCCUGUUCGUCAGCUCAAGGGCUUCCCGUUGGAACCCACUGCCCUCUGCCCGGACGAAUUGUCCAUGCCGGAAGUCCAACCUGGUGGCCUUUGGGAUUGGUCCCGACCGAUUGAUUAUGAAUGGGCUUCUUUCACUGCUGGGGUGGAAGAACAACUCUUCUCUGUGCAGGCAGGUAGAGGGUGGAAGCUGGAGGUCUCUUUCUCGCCACUCGUGAAGACCACCAGCCCGGAAAAACUCUGGAAAGGGUCGAGCCCGGCUUUUUGGCAAUCCUUCCUCACCUGGACCUCUAAAGCCCUGGGCACUAAUCCUGACCCUAGAAUCACCCCCCUCUUCGUGGAGGCGAAGAAUCGCAUACCUGAAUUCUGGUCUGAAAUGGCCUCUUGUACUGCUCAGGCCUUGCAGGACCUCCUAGGUGCUCCUGACAUCCAAAGCCAUCACCUUGCACUUGAGAUUAUCGCACACCAGGGGCGAUCAGCCUUGAAAGAGGCGGUGCGCAAGAGUGAUGAAGCUUACUCGCAAUGGUUGCAAGAAGCUUGCAAAGGGGGUAUGCGAGGCCUGUACAAGGCUUUGAAGUCUGAAGAUUCCAUCCCGGACAGGCCAUACAGAAACAUACCACUCGAAAUUCGCCCGCACAUCAGGCGGGCUCACUGGGCUGACGUGUGGCAGCCCAUGCCUGGCAAUGAGGUCAAUCCCAAUGUUGAUUUUGAUUGCCUCAGGGAUGCUUCUGUAAGCCAAGCCAAAACCCUUCCUCCCAUAACAGGUCCAAUGGUGGCGAAGGUGAUCAAACGAAUGCCGACUAAAGCUAUUGGUGCAGAUGGGUGGAGUGUCCAGAUGCUUAAAUGUCUUGCCCCCUUGCAGCUUGAAAGAUUGGCCCAAUUCUUUAAUACCUGGGAGGGUCAGGGUGCCUUCCCGACCCAGCUCUCGGUUGUUCUGGUUGCACUCAUUAACAAGUCUGAGGAUGAGGAGCGCCCAAUUGGACUGACGCCAGUCCCAUACCGAUUGUGGGCUAAGAUACGUUGGCCUGUCUUUGAGAAAUGGCUCCGGGAAUAUGCUGCCACCCAGGAUUGGGACAGGGCAAAGAAGGGCCUUUCAAGUCUUGAUGUUGCGUUGCGCCGUAAGCUGUCGCAUGAAAUUCUCCAUCGGAAAAAGCGACAUUCAGUGACAGUGCUUUUGGAUUUAAAGGCCUUUUAUGAAAAUGUCCGACAUGAUAAUUUCGUCAAGCAGGCCAUUUCCCUCAAAGUUCCGCCGUUGAUCCUGAAUGCAGCAAUGUCGCUAUACUCUGCUCAGCGCUUGAUCAGUGCUGAACACUGUGUCUCUGGUCCGAUCAAGCCCACCAAGGGCUUAGUUGCGGGCUGCCCAUUUGCGCCUGGCCUCAGCAAGAUCCCUUUUGACGAGAUCCUGCGCCCGGCAUGGGUUUCUGGCCUUGCCAAAACCAUUGAUCUUUACAUUGACGACACUAGCUUUGACACUGAGGCUGGUAACCCCCACACAGCAGCGCGCCGGGCGGUGCAAUUGUAUAAGGCUGUGGUAGGAGGUUUGACAGCUGCUGGCCUCUCAGUCAGCCUGGGCAAGACAGCUUUUGUAUGCUCGUCUCCAAAAGUUGAAGCUGCCCUUAAAGAGUAUCUUCCUGAAUCUGAUCAAAUCAAGAAUGCCGCGAAGGACCUGGGGAUUGAUUGUACGGCUGGGCGUGGAAGGCGCAUUCCGUUCCACCGUAAAAGGUUUGGGAAGGGCGUUAAGCGCAAGGCUAGGCUCUCGACCCUGCGUGUGAAAUCGAUGCCAGCUAGGGUCAGAGCCCUGAGGGCGGGGGUCCAAACUGUGGGCCUCUAUGGCCAUGAGGCAGUUGGGCUUGCGCCAAAGCGUAUGCAUUGGUUGCGUGCUUCCUUCGCACAUGAAUUGGGGCGAAUGUCUUUGGGCUCGGUUGACCUCACCAUUGACCAUGCGUGCCCUAAGCGGCCGGACCCGGCCUUUAUUAUCAUUUCCCAGCAUUUCAAGGCCAUUCACAGGCUUCUGGGCUUCAUUCCCGAUAGCCAAAGGCAGCACUUUGAUGAUGUCUUGCCGGGUAUGUGGCUUGAGUACUCACAGGUGGAGUACCCCUGGAAGCGCGCUGCAGGGCCGGUUGGGGCCCUCCUGUGUUACCUGCUUGACUUGGGUUGGACCCCGGUCAGUGCGGACACUUGGAAAUGCCCUGAACAAUCGCACAGCGUCACCACCAAGGUAGGCAUGCACCACCUCCUUUGCUCCCUUUCUAAGGAAACAGAUAGGUGGAGGCUCGCACGUAUAGCCCAGCACGACAUGCUUGAACCUCUGAGUGUGGGAAUUGAUUGGGCCCCCCUCAGAAAGCUUAGGAAUAAGAUGGCAGGCCAGGAGAGGUCAGGACCCAUGGCUGUUUGGCAAGGAGCAAUUCGUGCUGAUCCUUGUGCCACUUGCCUGAGGUGCGGCUGUGCUGCUACCAUGCAACAUGUCUUAUGGGAGUGUGACUGGUGGCAAACCAACCUCCCGGAACCGGCUUCCUUUCCUAGAUUCCGGCAAGAGUGGCCCAUUUCCUCACUGUGGGCCAGGGGCCUUCUGCCGAUUUCGCCUUACCCUGAUGAUGGGGAAUGGGUACGAACUACUGGUGCCUGGUGUGAUGGCCAGAUCAUUUGUGGCGAGGCGAUAUACUUUGCUACUGAUGGCUCCCCGGGGAAAUCCAAGGACCCCAGGUUCCAUCGGUAUACCUGGGCUGCGAUUGCCUUUAAGCUUGAAGGGGAUGAGCCCGUCACGAUCGCGACAGCUGUCGGCUCACUGCAAUCUCCGCUAUCGGUGUUCCGGGCGGAGGCAGCGGCUGUCAAGUUUGUAGCUGAGCAUAGUGAAGGGAACGCAGACCUCACCUUGGAUUGCAAGGGCAUCCUGCCCAGAGUGAAUGGUACACCUUCCAUCCAAUCUGCCGACCUCUUCGACCCCAUUCGACUGCAUGCACAGAGACUCAGCCUUAACUGGGUAUCCUCGCAUUUAACGGAAGAACAAUUCCGAGCACAGUUUGGUGCUAACCAACUUUGGAGGCGACGUGCUAACGAAAUUGUGGACCAGCUUGUUGGCACGGCUGCCGAAGUUAACACCUUACUGGCCAGGAGAGCUGCAGCUCUCCUUUCGUAUGACAAGGACCAAGGACCGCUGGUUCAGUGGCCUGACAAAGAGCAACGAAAGCGGAGAAGGGUGGAACCGCAGGAUGAGCAAGCUGAGAGGGAUGAACCUCCUGGAAUUGUCCUUCGGGAGAAUCCCCAUGCACCUGGGGCUGGUCCGGUUUUGGGUGCCCCAGACCAGGACAGCUGCUCUGAAGAAAGUGAAGAGGAGCCAAUGGUGCCUGAUCCCAUUGUGCAUCCCGAGCCUCCUCCAGCACCGCCAGCUGCGCCUAUGUUGCCUGCCCCGUUGAACUUUGACGAUAUGGAUCAAGAAGCGGGCGCAGCCUUUGCUAUUGCUGAGAGGGCUCGCAAUACCAAGCCAGGACUGGUGGCUUUCAAAUCCGAUCUGGGCUAUCCUGGUGUUUUCCAGGCCCUACCCAAGGACCUGAUCCACGUGUGGUUCAACGACACGGGGGACAGCACUGCGGCGUAUAUCCACAAUGGAAGAACCAGAUUCGGAUAUGACGCUGGUGGGGGCUACGUCUUGAAGGUUGGGACGAAGCAGGCCUUUGGUGAUGAGGUGGCGAUUUCGGCCUUGCUGCCUAAGGUGGCAGCCACCAUCAUUGGGGCUGGAUCUACGACACUGCAGGUGCUGCUCUCUGGGCGACCAUGGGAGUUCAGGUCCCAUUUGGUGGCGUGGUCGAUGGUGGAAAAAAUCGAGCUCCUCACGGAUUAUGGUUCUCGGAACCAGAUCCACCCUCAGUGGUCCUUGUAUGCCUUCGCCCUCCUUUUGCAAUUGAGCCGUCAUUUUGCUCUUCGUGAUGUGUCAAAAACCAACCUGGGAAUUAAGCCAGGACUCGGUGCUGCGACGCCCAUGUUGUGUUUUUUCGACCUCGCGGAUUGGCACUUCGAAGGGCUUAAUGCUGGAAGGUGGAUUCCCAAGUAUAGCUUGCGCAGCUUCGUCGAGACCCUUCGAUGUGUCUGUGACGUUACGCCACUGGAGCCGUAUCUCCGCAGGCAGGCGGUGGUCCCUUGCCUCAACGAGAUUAUUGCAGGUCUCCCCGCUGCGCUCAAGGCAAACUUGGAAAUCCAAAUGGUCCUCAUGGACGGCCGACUUUCUGAUUGGGCUCACCUUGCUGCAUUGGCUAACCAAUAA